CUACGUACUCAAUAGAUGGCAAUAGUGACUAACUUGAAGAGAACAUGUCAAUGUUUUGUUUUGAUGUUUGAACGAGUGCAAUUUGUAAACUGAAAUUGAAGAAUAAAAAUCAAAUGGAGAACUUCUAUCCGACAGUGAUUUAAUAUAAAUAUAUAAGAAAAAACUCCUGGUAAAUAGUUCAAUUGUUUGUCCUUAAAAAUGUCUUGAUGACGUUAAUUUUUACUUCUAUUCCUUUCCAAAAAAUCUUCAAUACAUUUUGACAUUAAGUAUCCACGUGCUGUUUAUUUAAGUAUGGCUGAAAACCCUGACGUUCAUCAAAGUAUAUACUCAAACAUUCCUUCUAAAUUGGUUAAUAAUCCUUUAUCUCCAAGUGCAGAAGAUCCAACUGGGACAUACGGUAAAAUUCAAGCAAAAAGCAACACUACAUCAGUACAGGGGAACAGUUUCGCUUAUUGCUGCGGUGAAACAAAUAAACAUGCUCAUGCUGAUAUUAACUUUCCCUGGAAUGGAGGCCAAAUACCGUCAUCAUAUAAUUUUACAGAUUUGAAAGAAUCUUUGCCUGUAACUCGUACUGUAGCAGGUGUAACUCCAGUCCCUUUCAACACUGUCUAUAAAAACGAAACUCAAUAUGCUACAAUCGUUCCAAGUAAAAGUGAAAUUUCUAGUGAUGUUAUAAGUAAUGUUGAAGAUUCAAACCCCGUUUAUGAAAAUAUUCAGGAUGUACAAGGAACUGAAAGUAGACCAAUAAGUGCAAGUGCUAAAUCUGAUUGCCAUUCAUAUCCUGAGCCAGCUGUGGCUGCCAAAGAUUAUAAUUCUAUACUUAUGCCCGCUUCGUGCGUUGUAGUUAACAGUCCUAUUUAUGCAAAUCUUCAUGAAGUUAAAAACACCCCUAUUGUUAAUCCGUCAAAUCAAAAUAAUCCUGUCUUAAAUAAAAUGUCGGAGAAUGUCUCGCAUCAAAUGAGUUCUCCUAUGCACUCAAAAGUUGCGUACAACACUUCAGGAAAUCAUUUUAUUGGAUUUCACGUGUCCGACAGCACACCAGUUUCGGGGUAUUCCGGUAAUGGAUCCUCCGCACAGCCUGAAGCAGUUUCGGAGAAAUUAACUUGCGUUUCAGUUGGUAAAGAAAGAAAAAAAGUUUCAUUUUCAAACAUAGAUGAUGAAGAAAGUGAGGAAGAAGAUGAGGAUUUAUCUAAUGAACCAGAAAAUAUAAGAACUGUUACUUUUUACAAAGAGGAUCAUAAACCUAAUACAUUAAAUUCAAAAACAUUUUUACCUUAUAAUGUUACACCUCCGAGACAAAAGGGACCAACAGAAGCUGAGAAAAAAAUUGAAGCGUUGAUGAGAGAAAUAGAAGAUGAAAUGGAAAAUAAUCCAGGAAAUGAUUUCUUUGGUAUUUGUCAUACUUGUGGUGAAAAAGUCUCUGGAGCAGGCCAGGCAUGCCAAGCUAUGGGAAACUUAUAUCAUACAAAUUGUUUCAUUUGCUGUUCCUGUGGACGUGCUUUGCGAGGUAAAGCUUUUUAUAAUGUGCAUGGUAAAGUAUAUUGUGAAGAAGAUUACUUGUAUUCUGGCUUCCAACAAACUGCAGAAAAGUGUGCAGUAUGUGGACAUUUGAUUAUGGAAAUGAUACUUCAAGCGAUGGGACGAUCCUAUCAUCCUGGAUGCUUCAGAUGCUGCAUUUGCAAUGAAUGUUUAGAUGGUGUUCGAUUUACUGUAGACAUGGACAACAAGAUAUAUUGCGUUGAAGAUUAUCAUAUGAUAUAUGCUCCAAAAUGUGCCAUGUGUGGAAAAGCUAUAACUCCUGUUGAAGGCACUGAUGAAACUGUACGAGUUGUAUCCAUGGAUAAAGAUUUCCAUGUUGAUUGCUAUAUUUGUGAGGAUUGUGGCUUACAGUUGACUGAUGAACCAGACAAACGAUGCUAUCCUCUUGAGGGCCAUCUUUUAUGUCGAGAUUGUCAUUUAAAUAGAUUAGAAAUUCUAGGUAAACCUGCUACUCUCCCAGUGCAGAGAUCCUUACAAAUUAGUGAUUUAUAAUAAAUAUCAAUAUUUGUAGAUGUAUUACAUUUUAAAAUGGAAUAAUAACUUCUUGCUAAGCUUUAGCAAACAUUUUGUGAAAUUAUGUGUUUAAUUCUAAUGAAGCUUUUAUAACUGUUUGUUGUAAAAUGUUUUGAUUGUACCAUUGCUUGCUUGGAAUUCUUAUAAUUUCAAUGCAAAAUAUAUUUUAUGCAUAAAAUAAGUUUUUAGUUAACACAUGUCUAAUAAUUUUUAUAAUGAAAUAAAAAAUUGCAUGUAUUUAAUUCACACUUAAUUAUGUUAUUUUAAUAAAACUGUGUCAUUAUUUUGUAACAUCUUUGAAACUUCAUAUUGAAAUGGUUUUAUGAUAUUUUUAAUGCAUCCAUUUAUAGUGAAUAUAUAAUGUUUUUUCUAAACUAGCUUUCUAAUCAAAUUGUUUCCACUUGCAAGUAAAUUUAGUUCUACAUUUGUUUACUUAUGAAGAACUAUUUGACUAUAUACUGAAAUAUAAAUUUAGCAAAUUAAUAGUUUAAUUAAUGGUAUAAUUUGCUUUUUUUUUAAGUUUAUAUACGUAUUCUGUGUGCUUAUAAAUCACUAAUAGCCGGUAAUUUUUAAAGUAAAAGCCAUAUAUUUACAAGAUUAACAUCUGUCAAAAAGAGCCAGUUAUUAAAGUUAAUGUACUUGUUUUAAUUUAAAGGUAUUAAAAUCUAAAAAAUAUUGCAAUCAAUGCACUAAUAUUAAAAAAAUUUCAAUUUAUAUGGAAUAUGCUAAUAAGUUUAGAUUGAAAAGUCUAUAACAACCUCGUGAAAGUUUCUUAAUUUUUUUUGAAAAAGUAUCCAUUAAUAUAUCAAUAGUUUUUGAACUAUAACAGUUUUUUGAAAUAUUAAGGAUAAAAUUGUUAUUUUUAUUAAACGCACAUUAAAUCUUACUACUUUUUAAAAAAAAUGUAUUGAGUUCUACAGGAUUUUAGACUAGAUCUUGAAAUUUAAUAAAAUUGUUAUUUGAUAUCCUUUCCAUUAACUUUUUUUUGUUGCUAAAAAUUCGUUUUUUCAUGUCAUAAUUAUAGUGUUUUUUUCAAUUGCUAUAUUUCCUACCACAAUCUUUACACUUUUCUGACUUUCCAUUGGUCAUCAUUUGCUCCAUAGCUGUAAAUCUUUUUUAAAACCACAAUCAUGAUCACCUUAGGAUUUUGUUUCAUGUUUUUUUUCUUUUUUUUUUUCUCAAAUAUAAUUGCUGUAAUGCUUAAGAAAAAUAUCAUUUAACUUAACUUACUUUCUUGCGAUAUUAAACUUGGCUUAAAAAAAAUUCAACAGUGUGUCUUGCCUGAGAAUAUUUUUGUCACUAAGAUGAAUUAACCCACUGAGGGUUCUCCAUGUAAAAAGUUUUAUUUUAACCUGAAGUCUUCUCUGCAUAGCUAAACUGGUUUUUCAAUCUUAUGAAAUAGGGAAAUAGUGUGUUAGGUAGGAACAUUCUCCUAAUUUCAACCAUUUGCUAAACUACCAGUGGAUUAAAUAGCUGAAAGUUAUGAAAAAUAAUUGCAAUACCUCAAAACUAAAACAAAUGUAUUUAAAAGUUUUUUGUUGUUAAAAACUUGACUAUAUUAAUUUGUAACAAUAAGCUAUUCUAAUUUUUUAUUUCUAAAAGAUAGGGAAAUUUUAUAACUGUUUUUUGCAAACACUCCUGGGUAAGUGCUCCUAAAUAAAGACAUGUUUCUUUCAUGAAAAUACUUCUUUUUUAAUUCUUUCAGUUAUUACUUUAAAGCAUUUCAUAACUGAGCAACUAAAAUUUUAGUUGAAUAUAUUGAACUGCUUAUUAAAUGGUUUUAGUUUAAAAUAUACUUGUUUAUUAAUAAUAGGUUUAAUUUCUUUAUGUAAUAAUCAAUAUUUUAAUUCCUUCCUUUAUAUGAAUAAAGUUAAUUUUCAUUAAUUGUAGAAAGUAAUUGUUUUGUCACUUUCAAUUCUAGCUUAACUUUUAAGAAUUAUUAAUGUGUUUGUACUUUUUAAACUCUUUCAUUUUCAUAAAAUUUUCUGAAAUUUGACUAUUUUUGUAAUUUCUACAUCUGGUCCUACAAUGCAUAAAAGAUGGUAGCACAUCUUAGCACUUCCAUUUUCUCUGCAUCCAUAUUUGAAUGAUAUUUCUUACUCUCUCCUUUUAUUUUCUUAUAGAAAAGCAUUGACACAACCCUAAACAUCUCAAUUUUAGUUUUAUUUAUGAACUACAACUCAAAAAAUCUUGUUUGUCUGACCAAUGUUUCUAAUAAGAAUGCAAUUGUAACAACUAGAUGGUUAAAGUGUGCUAUCCUUAUUUGUUCAGAUUUUGUAUGAAAGUUAACAGUGUAAUUUUUGCACUUGAUUAGAACAGGGGUUUUGCAUAUAACUUGCUUCAUUGUCAAUUACUUAAGGUGCAGUUAUCUUCCCAAAAUACAGUAAAUUCCAUAGCUAUUAUGAAAAAAUUAACUUUGUCCUAUUAGUACUUUUGGUACAUCUCUAAAAUACUGAAUGUUCCAGAUGAAAACUUACUGUUUUAAAUAUUAAGUCUAUAUUAAAUCUCACAAUAAUUUAUGUUUUUAAAUCUGACUAACUUAAAGAGAAAAAAAAACAUUUUAACUCAGAGUAUCUUUAGAAUAAGUUUUAAUAAUUUUCAAUCAUUAAUUACGACAACCUUUUCUAACUAUUAUUUUUGACUAAUUUGAUUUUCUUCAUCUGUUAUUUUGAACUAUAUUUCUCUUACUUUAAUGUGGGUAGUUCUUUUAUAUGUUUUAUUUUUAUUAUUUUUUUCAUAUAAUAUUUUGAUAAUUGAAUUGUCAAGUUGCAAAACUCAAAAAGUGUCAUUCAGACUUUUUUCCCUUCAAUCAGGAUGAUACUGAUAAGCAUCAUCCUGAUCCAGUUCUGCAACAAAUAAUUCGUUGAAUAUGUGGAAAAUUAUUGAUUUUUAAUUUCAUUUUAUUUUCAUAUUUUGUAAAUGUAGAAAAUUUCUGUAGUAUCUUAAAAUAAUAUGCUGAUAAAUGUAUUGUAAGAUGCUUACAAUGUGUUAAAAAUUAGUUUUAUCUUUGUAUUCCUGAAAUAUUACAAUACUGAUAGAUAAUUGUAUAGUUGCUUUAUAAUAUUAACUCAUUCUUUUACUAUUUUAACAUUAUUUCGAAUAGCCAAUCGAAAUCAUUUAAUUGUUUUGCAAUUAAAAUCUUUUUUUGUAUCCCAAGAUUCUCUUCAGGAAUUCUUUUACAUUAAAAAAAAAUUAUUAUUUUUAAAUCACGUGUGUACUAUGCAUAAUUUUUAUGUGUCAACUUCAAACAAACUUUUGGAAUUGCAAAGAUUCACAUUAGAGGAAUUGUAAAAUUGCACAUCUUUUGAUGCAUAACAUUAUUUGAAAAUAUCUAUAUUAUAAAAGUUUUAGGUCAUAUAAAUUACUUAAAAGAUACAAUUCUUUGCUUACUUUACUUUAUUACUUACUCUUUACUCGAACAAUUAGUGUUAUCCACAUGAGGUGAAUCUAGAGUCAUAUCUAAAGUGUGCUUGAAAGUUGCAUUUUGUUUAAAAACAUUUAUUUUUUCUUUUCAGCCAUUUAGCAAUUGGUCAUUGUGUGUGAAUUUGGAUUUUUCCCUGUUAUGUAACUUUUUCUCAUUGAAUAACAUAAGGAAAACCAGUUUAGCUGUUUUUCCUUAGGUUAUUCAAUCAUUCGCAAAAUCUGUUGGUUAAAAUUUGAAAAUUAAAACAAAUUUUUUUACAUCAUUCAAUGAGAAAAAGUUACACUUUUAAGAAAACUUCUUUACAAAUUUGCUAAUGGAGCUGGAAAGUUAAAUUAUUUAUAUAAGGAAAAAGCCUGAACAAUAUCCCGUAAUAAUUAUUUUAAGUCAAAGUUUUAUACUUCAUUGUAAGUAAAAUUUAAAUUUCAUAUUUAUUUAACAUUAUGUAUCAUUCUAACUGCACGCACUCUUAUAAAAGAUAUGCAUGAAGGUAUGGCAGCUGAACAUUUUGACCUAGUUUCUCAUAUUGUAUAUAGUUAUGUUUUGUUUUUUUUUUAAUUCUGUUAAAGUGUUUGUUCAUGACAAUGAUAUUUACCAAGAACAUUAACAGACAUGUUAUGGCAGAAAACUCAUUUGUGUAAUAACUAAUAAGAUUACUAAUUAUGCUGGUCUAUUAAAAAUCCCAGAACCUUCAUUUAAUAAUAUUAAUAAAAAAAAUUAUAGUAAAUAAUAGCUUUUAUUAAUAAAAGUAAAGGACUCUACUAUAGAACAUUCCAAAAGUUGGCUUACAUCUACUGGAGUUGUAUGUAUACUAGAUGUUAAAUAUUAAAAUCCACUUUUAACUGUUUAAUUCUAUGGACAAUUUUUUACAAUGUUCUUAAGGAAAAACUUUCUGAUCUAGAAAUUUUAAAAUAUCAGAAACAAAGAUGAAUGAAGCACGCUUAUUUUAAUAACUAUUUGGUACAAUUGAGAACCAAUCCAUUACUUUUCUUUAAGCAAAUAGAAUUGUUCCAUGCAAUGUAUAAUUUUGUAAUCCUAACCUAUUUUGAGAUGAGUAAUGGAACUAUAACUCUUUAUCUUAACUCUACAUUGAAA